UCCGCCUCCUACCUAGACCCCCUUUUCGCCUUUGCUCGCCGUGGUUCAGCUCAUCAGCCAUUGCCGCCUCUUUCACGCCCUUGCACGAGAGCAGCCAUGAUCGUGGACAGCAGCCGCGACGGGCUGCUGGACGGCGACUGCGGCUCCAUGAGCAGCCCUCUCAACCUGGCCUUUUUCUACGGGUCGUCCCCUAACUCCAGCGAGAGCAGCUGCUCGCCCGGUCACUCCGCGCCGGAAUCGCCAGGAUCUGAUGCGGAGCUAUCGGGGAGCGGCGGUGGCGGCGGCUGCCGAAGCACCGGCGAUUUCGGCAAGAGGCGCUACUCCCGGAGCGGCAGGCGUGCAGCUGGGCAAGUGGAACAACACAUGGGGGGAGGAAAGCAGCAAAGAGGACUUUUUCAAGGUGUUCGUGUGAAAAACUCCGUGAAAGAACUGUUGUUGCAUAUUAGAAACAGCAAACAGAUGUCAUCAGGUUGUGGUGGUGAUGAUUUAUCAAAGGCACAAGGAGGAACAGAAAGUUAUGAACCAUAUGCAGAGUUGAAGAACAUAUUGAAUAAUGAUAGAAAAAGAAAAGCUCAUGAAUCUUUUUCUGAUGGAUCCUGUUAUAAAAGGGCAUCUCCUUUCCAAUCUCAUCUCUUGACACCUCCUCAAACACCAACAUCAAUGGAUAACAACAUGGAGGAUACUCAAAUAAAUGAUCCCAAACAAGACAGCAGUUGUGAUAUGCUGCAGAACAUUAUCAAUAUUAAGAAUAAAUCAAGUCCUGUUUCUCUGAACACGGUGCAAGUUUGCUGGCUUCCCACAGUGGCUAAUUCGAAUUCGCCACAGGAGCAAUAUCAAGAGAUUGCAGGAGCACAGGCUUUUUCACCUUCUCAGAAGUACCAAACGUUUCAAGCAACCAGUCACCCACAAAUGCAGCAAUCACCCCAAAAUUACCAGUUUUCUAGCACACAGCCCCAGGAUAUGCCACAGCACUACAGCCAGAAUUCGCUAUUGGAAUGCAGACCGCAUUCUGCAAACAGCCAGUCCUCUGACUAUCAGCAAAGUAUUUUUGAAAGCCAAGACCUUCAGUUUUGCCCUACCCAAAGUUUUGCUGCUCUCUUAAAUGAUACAGAGGGGCAAGACAACCCUUCUGCCUCUCACUUUCAGCCUUUACUGGGAGGCCACCAGCAACCUGAUAUCAGUAGCCACCUUCAGAAUUGUAGCCUGCCACCAAAUAGCAGCUGCAGCAGUCUCGAGGAGCAUGGCUUAUCGCUGGCCACUUCAAAUAUUUCUGCACAACACCAAGGUAUUGCUGGAAAUACAGCACAGCUGGGCAAAUCAUUUUUCCAGUGGCAGGUAGAACAGGAAGAAAACAAAUUGGCCAACAUUUCACAAGAUCAAAUCCUUGCCAAAGACUCCGAUGGUGACACAUUCCUCCACAUUGCCGUUGCCCAGGGACGACGGGCAGUUUCUUAUGUGUUGGCAAGAAAGAUGGCAGCCCUGCACAUGCUCGAUAUUAAGGAGCACAAUGGCCAGAGUGCCCUGCAGGUAGCUGUGGCUGCAAAUCAGCAUCUUAUUGUACAUGACUUGGUUAGCCUUGGGGCACAAGUGAACACAACGGACUGCUGGGGUAGGACACCAUUACACGUGUGUGCUGAAAAAGGGCAUGCACAAGUCCUUCAGGCAAUCCAGAAAGGAGCCAUUGUAAGUGAUCAGUACAUAGACUUGGAGGCAACCAAUUAUGAUGGUCUGACAGCAUUGCACUGUGCGGUAAUAGCCCAUAAUGCUAUAUUACAUGAGCUACAGAGCCAGCAGUCACCCCACACUCCUGAGGUCCAGGAAUUAAGAUUGAAAAGCAAGAGGUUGGCAGACACAAUCAAAUUUCUAAUCCAGAUUGGGGCCUCUGUUGAAGCCAGAGAUCGUAAAAGUGGGCGCUCAGCCCUUCACUUGGCUGCUGAAGAAGCAAAUGUGGAACUUCUUCGUCUGUUUUUGGAGCUACCCACUUGCCUUUCUUUCAUCAAUGCAAAGGCUUACAAUGGCAACACAGCACUCCAUAUAGCUGCCAGUUUGCAACAUCGGGUGACUCAGCUGGAUGCAGUUCGGUUGUUGAUGCGAAAGGGAGCUGAUCCCAGUGCCAGAAACUUGGAGAAUGAGCAGCCAGUUCACUUGGUUCCUGAUGGCCCUGUAGGAAUUGAAAUACGGCGUAUCCUGAAGGGGAAGACGGUUCAGCAGAGAUCAGCAGUCUAUUAAGCUCCAUGAAUACCGACGACUUUAUACUCACUGUCAGUUAGGCAGUCCUAAUGUAACUGUAAAUAGACCAUUUGUCCCAUGGAGGCAAAUGUUAGUUGUUUCUAUGAAACAAACAUAUUUUGUUCACUAUUAUAUAGUGGGUUAAUGACAAUUCUUCUGAACAGAUGGAAAUGAUUCAUAGCUAGGUAUUCUGGAUCAUCAUCUGAACUCAGUUUUGCAGUCAUGGCAAAAUAAAAUAACUGACUUUACAACAAAUGUCAAGCAAGAACAAUUGUACUUUUAUAAAAGAAUGUAGUAUGCUCUGCAUUCUAGAUGUUUAUGAACUGAAAUAAUAAGCUUUUAAGAAUACUAACAAGAUUUUACUGGUUAAAGUAAUAUGGUAGGGGUUUUUUUCUGUUUUAAAUCACGCUAUGCAACUUCAUAGGUUUGGAAAUCUGAUAAUAUGUUCAUGUUAGAUAAUAGAUUUUGAGUUUUUGAGCUGAGAGCCAGCGUGGUGUAGUGAUUAAGAGUGGCAAACUCUAAUCUGCAGAACCAGUUUGAUUCCCUGCUCCUUCAUAUGAGCAGCGGACCCAUCAGGUAAACUGGAUCUGUUUCUCUGUGGCUACAUAUGAAUCCUGCUGGGUGACAUGGGCCAGUCACAGUUCUCUCAGAAUUAUCAGCCCCACCUCAAGGUGGUCUGAGAGGAAGGGAAGGAGUUUGUAAGUCGCUUUGAGACUCCUUGGAUGAGAGAAAGGCAGGGGAUAAAUCCAAACUCUUCU